AUGGAAAACUGGAGUCAUGACGGUCCACACGCGACGCUGGCUGGGUCUCAAAUAAAGCAAGUGUCACGCAAAGGCUUUAAACCGGCCUCGGAUUUUGUCCUCCCUGAUCCAACGUACCCGACUCGACCUGACGCCAAAAAGAAGUCGCACGCUCGAAAACGGCCUCCUGGCCAUAUCCCUCGCCCCAGAAACGCCUUCAUACUCUUCAGGUGCGACUUCGUGCGCCAAAAGAGGAUCCCAGAGUCAGUUGAGAACGACCACCGUAACAUAUCGCGCAUAAUCGGUAGAAUCUGGAACCAGAUGAGCGAAGAGCAACAGAAGCCCUGGCAGAAGAUGGCAGCGCAGGAGAAAAUUAACCAUCAUAAGAUUUAUCCUGAUUACAGGUUCACGUCGGGUUCUACUAAGAAGAAUCCUAAAAGAGGAGGUGAUUCUCCACGCAAGGGGAAGAGAAAAGCGCCGCCCAAGGAGUUAGAGGAGGUUAGUAACUUGAUGCAGCGCGCCGAGUCUUGUCCCCCCGGUGCUCCCCUCGUGCCCCAGGCCAUCAUCGAAAAUAAUGAGCCUGCAUACGGUGAUCCAUUGGUCACACGAGAUGAUCUCUCGCGAAGACCUAGCUGCGUGAAGCUCUAUCGUUCUGCUCCAUAUGACUUCAAUUCAGAUGGGCAGGCUGUUGGCUACUUCGAGGAUCUCUCCCAUCAGCACUAUUACGCACAGGCGAUGGCGGCUGGUAGUGCAAUCCCGGUGGCCAAUAAACAGGAGGGUACUGGGAUGUCGGACGGAAAUGCGUUGUUUUGUGGCCCUCGGUUAGACGCUGUUCAAUAUGCAAUCCCGGAUAGUACUACUCCUCCUGAGUGGGAGGCCAGCACCCCGCCAUCGGACUUAGAUUCUUUCCACCAGGACGACUAUUCGCGACCUCCCAACAACUCUGUAAAUUUCAAUCAGAGUCACUUCUUACCAGCUUCUGAGGCCUUGUUUAACGACCCGUUCAAUCCUGUUCUGGCAUCUUUGUCGUCUCGAACUUCCCUGCCUCACUACUCUCUUACCGGCGAGAUAUUGAACCCCAUCGCCGCUGGAUUAUACAUACCAAGAUCUGAUCUUCAAGGAGACGAAACCGCCAGCGAGCUCGCGGAUGAUAUGAUCUCUGAAUUCACCCGUAAUUUUCACGGUUCCUCGCGAGGACAGAACGACUUCUAA